UUGCGUGAGUGUCCAAUUAUGGUUUUUUUGUUUACUUUGUGUAUGUUUCGCCAUUUCUACUACUAUUAUUUUCCAAUUCAUAUAAACUGACAUGUUUAGUUCUGUUCCCGUUUUUUUUUCUUCAAAAAAAAAAAAGAAAAUCGAUUUUAUUCUAAGAUCCCCUAGUGAUUUUUUUUGAGAGCUAAGAACUUGUUAAGAAUUUCAAAUCGAAUUAUUUUCAGGCCAAACACACAAACACAAAAUGGGUAUUUAUCAGUAUAUUUGUUUGCUAGUUUUUUUGAUUGCACCAUUCAUCAAAUCUCAGGAACAUUUAUCAUUUUGCGAGGAUUAUACUAAAUGUAUGGAAGAGUUGGAAGUGAAACAACGAGAAUGUUUGAUGUUGGAUCGAAAUGUCAAAUUGAAGAAUAAUGAUGAUUGUGGGAAGAAAAAGUGGGAUAAGAAGUUGGAAUUGAAUGCUCUUCAUAUGAGGUGAGAUUUUUGAGAAUGGGAAUUUUGUUGGGGAACCUGAUUUUGAAAGAACAAUAGUUUGUCAAAAAAAAACCUUGAAGAGAAAAGUCCUCGAAAAUUGUGUUUACUUUUCAAAAUAUCUGUAUUGAAGUUUUUGCAGAUCAGAAAUCUUUCACACAAAACUUGCCACGUCAUAAAUAUAAAUUUUUUUGACUAGAUUCAUUUUCAAAUUACGGAUAAUGAUUUCCAACCCUAAAAAUCUCGAAGUAAUUUUCAGACGAGCAGAAGUGGCUCGUGAUUGUGUCCAAAAAUCAAUGGGAGAUGCCAAUCUCGCCGAAUCCACCCUCGAUGCCUCCACUCAUUCCUCCUGCCUUUCUCUCCACCAAAAAUUCCAAUUCGCCAAAAUCAGCAGCACAUCAACACCAAAUCGCAAGAAGCGAUCAACUUCGACAAAACGCAACAAGCGGGAGACCAAAAAAUUGAACAACACAAACACAAAAGCUCAAGAUUGCCGAAAUUCGGCGAAAGUUUGGCACAAACAAUGUGCCGCGUUGGCAAAUUGUUGUCCAUUGGUUGAAGAGUUAGUUUUGUGGGCUGGGGAUCUUUUUUCAAACUGAAUUUGGGCUAACUUGAAUCGUACCUAAUUUUCCCAGAACACAGUGACGACAUUUUCAGUAGAAAAACAACCAGAAAAGAGAAAUCGAACCAUGUCCCAAUUUUUCACAAGUUCACACUUGCCUCUUUCUUUGGACCUGACUGUCUUCUAUUCCAAAAUUCAAAUGAAUUUUUCAGAUGCAAACAAUCAACUCAAGAAAUCAUGGCUCAAAUCUUCGAAGGCCGCCAUAAAUUGCGCCAAAUGAGCGAAACUCAAUGCCACUAA